AUGGCUUUCAGCUUUAUUCUCACUUUCACCGUUUCACUAGUGGCCGCCUUAGACGAAGAAUGCAAAAAAUGUGAUUUACGUUCAUCAUAUUGUAAAAUCUACGAAAACGGCGUGAGAAGUUGCGCUUGUCGUGAUGGCUUCCAACAACUUCCCAACGGUACUUGCCAAGGUGAGCUUCACUCGCGCGAUCCAUCGGAGGAGCCGUUCUGCGUCCUAGGUCAAGCAGAGAAGGCAGCUACACGAAUCCUCACCGAGUUGCUCUCUAAGUAUGACCGGAAUCUGGUGCCGAAGAUGAAAGGUGUUGACGUGGACGUCGAGCUUCUCAUUCAGAGUGUUUCCGAAAUUUCCGAAAUUCAAUCAGCCUCCACCAUGCACAUCCUCUUCAGUCAGAUAUGGCACGAUCCUGGCCUUUCGUACGAGCAAGAGGAGGGAGCGCAGUGCUUGACGAACCUUUCGUUGUCCCACAGAAUGGUCGACAACAUCUGGCUGCCGAACGUUUGUAUUGUGAAUAGCAAAGGUUCGGUCAUCCACAAAAGUCCAACACCAAACAUCUUCCUGGCAAUUUUUCCAAACGGAACGGUUUUUUCGAAUCAGCUGGCAUUUUUCCCUACCUUCUUUCCGAUGGAUCGUGUCAUGUGUACGACAAUCUUCGAAAGCUACUCGUUCAAUGUUGGAAAGGUGCGACUUCACUGGAAACGGCAAGGUCAGCCAGUGGAAUUCAUCGAUGAAGUGAAACUUCCAGAUUUCCACAUGACAACAUUCAUCCAUGAAAAGGCAACAUUUCAAUAUCCCGCUGGGGUAUGGGAUCAGCUUAAUAUUAAACUGUUCUUUCGUCGGUCAUACGGGUUCUACCUACUUCAGAUUUACCUCCCUACCUAUUGCAUGGUGCUCAUCAGCUGGAUCUCGUUCUGGUUGGAUCGUAGGAGUUUGCCGGCUAGAGUGACGCUUGGCGUUUCAUCUCUCAUGGCGCUCACUCUACAGUACAGCAACGUAGCUAGGAGCUUGCCUAAGGUGUCUUACGUGAAAGGUCUGGAUUUGUUCAUGUUCGGCUGUGUGGGCUACAUUUUCCUCUCAAUAGUUGAAUUGGCCGUUGUUGGUACACUCGAAAACAAAAGGCCAAGAUCAAAUGACGGCUUUUUAUCCGAGGACGAUAUCAAGCGAAACGUCCUUCAGCGAACGUUUUCGUCGAAAAGUUUCCGAUCCGGCUAUGAUCGAUCGCCUUCGUUGACGUUGGUCGUCUUCUACACUGAAACCCUUCGCAUGUUAGCGUUGCCCAAUCGGUCCUACGCAGCCACGAGGCACGGAAGACGUCUUAUUUCUCGUUCCGUGUCUUGA